AUGGAAUGUGCUGACAACAGUGCUCAUGUGGAAUGUGCUGACAACUGUGCUCAUGUGGAAUGUGCUGACAACUGUGCUCAUGGGGAAUGUGCUGACAACAGUGUUCAUGGGGAAUGUGCUGACAACAGUGUUCAUGGGGAAUGUGCUGACAACAGUGUUCAUGGGGAAUGUGCUGACAACAGUGCUCAUGGGGAAUGUGCUGACAACAGUGUUCAUGGGGAAUGUGCUGACAACAGUGUUCAUGGGGAAUGUGCUGACAACAGUGCUCAUGGGGAAUGUGCUGACAACGGUGCUCAUGGGGAAUGUGCUGACAACAGUGUUCAUGGGGAAUGUGCUGACAACAGUGCUCAUGGGGAAUGUGCUGACAACGGUGCUCAUGGGGAAUGUGCUGACAACAGUGUUCAUGGGGAAUGUGCUGACAACAGUGCUCAUGGGGAAUGUGCUGACAACAGUGUUCAUGGGGAAUGUGCUGACAACAGUGCUCAUGGGGAAUGUGCUGACAACAGUGCUCAUGGGGAAUGUGCUGACAACAGUGUUCAUGGGGAAUGUGCUGACAACAGUGCUCAUGGGGAAUGUGCUGACAACGGUGCUCAUGGGGAAUGUGCUGACAACAGUGUUCAUGGGGAAUGUGCUGACAACAGUGCUCAUGGGGAAUGUGCUGACAACUGUGCUCAUGGGGAAUGUGCUGACAUCAGUGGGAGGGGAAUAUCGCUUGAGAACCUCGACCGUGUUAAGACAAUUAUAUAUAACAGAGUUUAUAUUAUGCUAUUCCAUGUGCAUCUCCCAGAAGUGAAGACUACUGGACGCUAG